AAAUUGAUUCAAAAAUCAAACAAAAUUGUGUGUUCAGUGCUAAGGGUCCUCGCUAGCUGGUAAUAUUAGUACGAAUAUAAAAAUCGGGGAAUAUCAACGCAAUCAGGGAUGGCAGCGCUGCUGGUGUCGUGUGUCCACCAAACAACACUAUUUUCGGCGCGGGUAGGCUGUAGGAUUGCAUGCGAUUGCUUUGUUUAUUCAUUUUAAGAACGAUAUUGUUAAAAAUGUCUACGUCAGUAGAGAGCGGCAAGGGCUCUCAUAGGAAACUAGACCUAAAAGUGGAAAACUAUCCAACAUGUGCCGUGGAGGCACUUGCUCGCAUAGAAACUCUAAUUGCUAGCCGAAAUAAACAAAAUUUAGUAAUGCAAAUUAUUUCUGAAUAUAUUUUCUUGGAGCGGAAUAAGGAUGGAGACGGGCGAAAGUCGCAGUCGUUGCCGACUAGCCAGAUGACAUUGUUUCAAGAGUUUCAAUUGAUAAUUACGCUCGUUGAAUACUUUUCGAGGCCAGGACGGGAUGCAACGCGUAAUGCUAUAUUUCUAUCCCUGUUUGGCAGUCACCUAACACCCCAACGUUCCAAGUUGUUGUCCAGACUUAUAAGUACGGCAGUUUCUGGAUCAGUGGCACCGCUGCUUUCCUCGGCCGGUACGUGGAUGCAACAAGUUGGCUGCAAGACCCCACUGAGUCUUGAAGUUGCGCAAAACAUUGUGAGUGAUUUUAUAUUGUACUCUCGUAAGACACCCGAGCAACUGAAGCAAUUGCCUAUGGUUGGCCCGCAUUUUGCGGCAAACUUUAUGGUUGCUGCGGCCGAUCUCUACCUUAAUGAGCAGCGAUCAGCCGCACUAAUACCACCCCCGGAUGCUCUUUUGGAUGCGAUUACUGAAUGGAUGACUGAGAAUCCCACCUUAUGUCAAGCAUCUCAACAGCCACUGGUUCUGCCAGCUGGUGCUAUUGCAAUGCCAUUCGCUACCCCGUUGGCUGGUCUCUUGCGAUGGGUAGUACUUGCGCCAUUGGUUUCCAACAGACCCACGUAUAGCAACCUACAUUUAUCUGUCUUGCGAACGCUCCAACAACUUGUAACCAGUGGAGAGUCGACCGCUCUACCCUUCCAGGACUUGAUGCAGAUUAUUAAGUCUUUGCAGAACUACUGCGCUCGGUUAAGUGAAUCUAGUGUGGAUCCACAUUCGGAUGCUGCGUAUCAAAAGUGCAUGGAACGGUUUUCGCAAGCUGUGCAGAUCGCCCUUUGCUCCAACUGCAUAACAAAUCAGAUUCAGCUCCUAUGCGUAUUAGAGUCAUUGCCAACACACAAGCUCAUGGACAUCGUUAUAGCUUCUCAUAAAAAGCUGUAGUUGUUUAUUCUUUUAGGAAUACAAAAUGCCACAUUAAUCGAAAUUAUUGGCAAUAGUUAAAUUUAUACAUUUUUUAAAUAAAUAUAAACCAUUUUUGAAAA